AUGAAAAGUCAAAAUCAAAGCUCUGUGGUUGAAUUCAUCCUCUUGGGUUUUUCUAACUUUCCUGAACUCCAGGAGCAGCUCUUUGGGAUUUUCUUGGUGAUUUACCUGGUGACCCUGAUGGGAAAUGCCAUCAUUACAGUCGUCAUCUCCCUGGACAAGAGCCUCCAUGUUCCCAUGUACCUGUUCCUCCUGAACUUAUCUGUGGUGGAAAUGAGUUUCAGUGCAGUCAUCAUGCCUGAAAUGCUGGUAGUCCUCUCCACUGAGAAAAUCAGGAUUUCUUUUGUGAGCUGUUUUGCACAGAUGUAUUUCAUUCUUCUUUUUGGUGAGACUGAAUGUUUUCUCCUGGGGGGAAUGCCUUAUGACUGAUUUGCUGCAAUUUGUCAUCCUCUUAAGUACCCAAUGACUAUGAACAAAAAAGUUUUUAUGAAAUUAGUUAUAUUUUCAUGGGUCAUAGGUUUUAUGUUAGGUACUGUGCAAACAUCAUGGAUGUCUAGUUUUCCCUUUUGUGGCCCCAGUGAAAUUAGUUAUAUAUCUGGCGAAACUCCAGCAAUGCUAGAGCUUGCAUGUGCAGACACCUUCUUGUUUGAAAUCUAUGCUUUCAUAGGCACCAUUUUGAUUAUUUUGGUUCCUUUCUUGCUGAUACUCUUGUCUUACAUUCAAAUUCUUUUUUCCAUUCUGAAGAUGCCAUCAACCACUGGGAGGCAAAAGGCCUUUUCCACCUGUGCCUCCCAUCUCACAUCUGUGACCCUCUUCUUUGGCACAGCCAGUAUAACUUAUUUGCAGCCCAAAUCUGGCUACUCAUCAGAAACCAAGAAACUGACAUCGCUAACUUAUUCACUGCUUACACCUCUGCUGAAUCCACUUAUCUAUAGCUUGCGAAAUAGUGAGAGGAAAAGGGCUUUGAUGAAAUUAUGGAGAAGGAAACUGGUUUUACAUGCAAUGUGA